AUGAACGAUACGGAGGAUAUUUCCAAUCAAAACAGCUGGGAGUGCUGUUUAGAGGUUUCUCUUUCUUCAUCCUGGCUGCGUGAGCCUCUUCAUCAGACUUUGCGCUAUGCCUAUCCUUUGCCGAUUCAGCGGAUCGUCAUCCCGCUUAUUUCCCGCGCGUUAUUGAGCGGGGUCCCGAUGGAUGUCAGCCUGACAGCUCCAACAGGAAGUGGAAAGACGCUUUGUUAUCUUUUGCCGAUGCUCCAGCUUAUUUCCGAAGAAAAAAGGAGAAAUACAGACAAUGUGCAGCUUCGUGGGAUUAUUCUGGUCCCGACGAGGGCGCUCGGCCAACAGGUCUUUCGUGAGAUUGUGCGCCUCACACGACAUACCACGAUACACGUUGCCACUUUAUGCGGUGGAAACGACGAAAAUGAAAGUGGAGGAGUGGAGAAGGAGAUGCUCGCGCGAUGUGUUCGGAAAGACGAGCACUAUUAUGUUGGUGAUAAUAAUAAUGAUGAUGAUUCUUGUUGCUUUGAUGGGGAGAAGACUCUCACUAACACCUUCGUCACGCCGUCUUCAGGGGGAGAAAGGGAAGGUGUUGGGAAGCGUGACCGUUGCUCUGAACUAUUUUAUGAUAGUUUUUCACUUGUGGAUAUUCUAGUUUCGACUCCACAGCGGCUGCUUUAUCAUCUUGACGCGACGUCAGGGCUUUCCUUGGCUUCACUUCGCCUUCUCGUUGUGGACGAGGCUGAUCAAGUGUUGGAAGGGAGCUUUGCGAAUCUUGUCGUGAAGGUGGUUGAGCGUUUUGAGGAGGAGGUCCAUGCUCGGGCGGUUCAAGAGGAGGAAGAAAACAAUCGAUCUCGUUUAGCUCUCCCUGUCGACCCCGCGAAAGGGGGGGAUGCGUUCUUGAAGUAUCUUUCCUUUUCCGCACAUCAUAUUCUGCGUAAAACGGAUUUCUCGCCGACCUUGCAUAAGGUGCUGUGCUCAGCAACCCUAUCCCCCCGCAUCGCGCGCAUCUCCCAGGUGCAUCUUCGCAAUUGCCAAUACUUCAUCCUCAACACGCACGGCGAGGAUCUGGGUCACAGUGGGGCGGUCCCCGCCUCGGCGCCCCCGGCGCUCGCGUCCUCCGCGUCGUCAGUGCGGGCGGUUUUUGCCCUCCCCCCCGCCCUGCAGACCCACGUCGUCUUUGUCGAGGAGGCCUACCGCCAUGCCGUCUUGCUGAAGCUCAUCACCGCCUUGGUCAGCCGUCUGGAGGCGCGACAGCGGCGUCGGGAGGCCGGCUUCGACCCCCCCGAAGCCCCCACCGCCGAAGGGACAACAGAAGAAACGGAGGGAGAGGAGGGGGGGGGUACCCCGUGCUGUCACAACGCGCCGGGAGUGGGAUUUUGGUCUUCUGCAGCUCCCCCGAGGAGGCGCGGGUGA